GCUAGCGAGGGGAGGAGAUCUCUUUUUGCUGGGCCGCCCGACGCAGCCGUAAAGGCGAACCCCGGAGGGGCUCGCACGGGCACCCCGCGGGACCGGGGCCGCCCCGGGGCUGUGCCGAAGCCCCGUGGCCGGCGGCCCUCCGGGGGCAGGCCCCGACAGCCCCUCGGGGACAGGCCCCGCCGCCCCCCGCGGCAGCCGGGCAGAGGGCAGCCCGCUGGCCGCCGCCGGCGGCGGGGCCGCCCCGCCGGCAGUGCGCAGGCCCGCGGCGGCCGGGCCGCGCCGGGCCGCCCGGCAGUCGGUCAGCCAUGUGGGUCUUCGGCUACGGCUCCCUCAUCUGGAAGGUGGAUUUCCCCUACGAGGAGAAGAUGGUGGGACGCAUCCUGGGUUACAGCCGCCGCUUCUGGCAGGGCAGCACCGACCACCGCGGCGUACCAGGCAAGCCUGGAAGAGUUGUGACUCUGGUUGAAGAUCCUGAGGGGUGUGUAUGGGGUGUUGCUUACAGAUUGCCAGCUGGACAAGAAUGUGAAGUGAAGGCAUACCUGGACUUCAGAGAGAAAGGAGGCUACAGGACUACAACUGUCAUUUUCUAUCCCAAAGACUCAUCAGUAAAACCGUUUGAUGUAUUGUUAUACAUUGGAACCUGUGACAACCCUAACUACCUCGGUCCAGCACCUCUGGAAGAAAUUGCUGAACAGAUUUUUAAUGCGGUUGGUCCUAGUGGAAGAAACACAGAAUACCUGUUUGAACUUGCUAAUUCUAUCAGAAAUCUCGUACCAGAAGAUGUAGAUGAGCAUCUUUUCUCCUUAGAGAAACUAGUAAAGGAACUCUUGGAAAAGCAUCAAAACCUAAAUUGUCUGUAAAAUAACUUCUUACUGUUAAUGAUCUUGCUUCAUCUUCAGAGGAACGGUUUCGUUGCACAACGGGUAUAUCACUUGGAGGCACACUUCUGUGCACCAUGCUAUCUUAUUUAUUUUAAUAUUGCAUUCAAAAUAGUAGUUGGCCAUUAAAACAUACUGUUACAAAACUCAUUCUUUCAGGAAUCUAUAGAAGGGGGAGCAGGGGAAGUGUUUUAGGUUUGAAUUUGGUAUAUUGGGUUUUUAGCCAAAGACUACAUCUUUAUGAAAAAUCUCAAGAGAACCACUCAAGCUUCUCUUAGUUUGAAGAUUUUAAAUAUUAUUAUUAUUUCAGGUUUAAAAUAAUUCUUUAGAAUAUUUUUAAGAUCCAAAUCUGCAUUCAGAGACAACUCCCACUGAUUUAAGCGAUAGCUCUUUUGGAUUCAAGACCACAGGCGUGGAGCUCAGUGCAGCUAAAGAGAUAAAUGUUAAGUAGUUGUUGUAAAUUGCAUAGUAAAUGCAUAGUAGAACAUUUAUAUCAUCAGUGUUCAACUUCACCGAAAUGAAGUUGUUAGACUGAAUUAGUCAUCUUACCCUUUACAUAUGAGUUUGUCCUUAAACGCAGAGGCUAAACCAUUUCGUUGUCAAGGAAAUAAUUCUUUCCCUUGGCUCAUUAUGUCAAGCCCCUGAAAACCAAAGCACAGGGUACUUUGACACAAACAAGCCAUAACGUAUCAGUGCCUCAUUUCAUUUUUUAGGAUUAAUAUAAAGAAUAAGGCCAAAAUGUUAAAAUUAGCCAAGACUAUGACUUGAAGUCACAAUGCAGCAAGAAUGUUCAGAAACUCUCAUCUUUGUUAUUUGCCUUUAGAUGCUGUUGUAACCCCGUCUCUUAAAAAAUUCACCAAUCUCUGAGGAUAGACUUUAAGCCAGUAAUUUUCAACCACUGUUUCAGGGAUUCACAGACAAAAGGAACCCUCUUUUCAGUGUUGUACGGACAUCCAAACAAAGAGGGUUGGAAAGCCACCAGUUUAGGCUCGUAGGCUACUUUAUGCAAAACAUAAAGAUGCAAAUGGAGUUUCCGUCCCAACAAGGACUUUUCUUGCUUCUCAAACAUUUAAGUUAUUUUUGUUAACUUUUAACAAAGUAUAUUUUUGUAUGUUCAUAUAGGAAAGGUCCUAUUUUAAGCACCAUGUAACGUCACAUUUUCUCAUACAGAGAAUGUAUAAGUGUUUCGUAGUAGCUUGGAAGCCCAUAUUUUGCGUCGCUAAUUGCAAAACCCGUACGUUCCUACUAUACAGGUUGUCCCUUUCUCUUCUUUAGAUUUUCCUGUGUUAUAUUUGUAAUUGCUUGAAAAUAUCAGGGUUUUCAAAAUAACAAGCUGCUAUGGUUUCACUUGGCCACUUGCAAAAGCCAACAAGACCAUAAAUGAAUGUUAAUAAGAAACAUUUGAGAAAGGCAGCUAAAUGAGUAGAAAAUAGGAUAUUCGAACCUAAACUCGAGAUAACUAGACCACUUAAAAUAUUUAACCAAGAAAGCUGUACUUUUUUUACAUACCAGAUUAUAAUUUUAGCAUGCCUCUGGCAUCUCUCAAGCAUUAAUUCAUUGGAAGGGGGGAAAGUGUAUUAGUUUUUUGGAAGCUACUGUUUACUAUUAAUAGUUGAAUGCCACUAUUUUAAGAGUACACAAUGGGGUAUCACUUGAUGGACUACUCUAAACUGCAGAAGCAAAUCCUCUGAUCGUAUUAGCAAAAUAAUCGUAUGUAUUGAGGCCCAAUUCUUACAUUAGUGCACACAAGUUACUUGCAAACUGAUGGACUAUCCUUCAGAGGUCUUGAUUCUCCACUGCACUGUGCUGGUUUAAGAUUGACAUAACUGAGCAGAAAAGCAACCCCAACUAAUUCAGUUGUACAGCAGAAGAGGAGUAUGACCAGAACUUCCAGGUGUCUGGACAUAAUGACAGUCCAAAGCCAGAGCCGAAUGACUUCACACACCACUCACCAAAGAUGGACAGUGAUAACCAUCACCCAAAUCAACAUUAAUGAACAUGCUCCGUUGCGCAUGCAUUUAAUCACCUUGACUUAAUGAGUAACUCUGAAGUGUUAACAUUUACUAAAGUGUUAGGUAUGAUUUAUUUCCAGAAUAUUUAAGUGUUGAAAAGAACAGUACCCUCAAAAAACCCCAACCAGCAACAGCACCUCCUUUCUUGUGCUUACUUCAGAUUUAAGCAAGCUGUAGUUAAGUUAAAACAUGUACAAUGGCAUGUCCACUCUAUGCAUUUUUUAAAAGUCUUUCCUCAAAGACUUAUCUUUGUAUUCCUUAAACCAGGGCAGGGGAUGCUUACGCCCACUAAUGAUUGAAAAAACAUCAGUGAUGAUUCCCUCCUUCAAACUCUAUAAUCAUUUAAGCGCCGUGUUGGAGCACUGUGAUUAUGUAUGGCUCUACAUUUUGUAUCUUUAAUUAUAUUCAGGACAUUGUCGGUUCAUUUACUUUCCAGAUUCGUAAAACUUGCAAUAAUAUCUGUAACGAUACAUUCCAGUUUGUGCAUACAACUUCAGUACAAUAAAAAUGCAUCACAUUUACUAACGGUGUUGGAGAACAAAAUUUCCAGAAAUGUUAUGUUUAUUUAAAGUGUAUAAAUAUUAGGAUGGA